AUGGGCUGGUUUGGUGGAAGUAGCUCACCACAACCACCGUCAAAAGUAUCACUCGUAUCAGAAUAUAAAGAACCAGAAAGACCAAAACCACAACAAUUUCUAGAAGAUCUACCUCCAAAAUUUGAAGACUCACCACCACAACAAAACAGACCACCACCGCUACAAAAACAGCCAACAUUAGCAGAUGCAGCACGCACUAUAAAGUUUUCGGACUUUAGUGUGGAUAGAUUCGUGACAAUGCCAUGUUUUAGAGAAGCUAUGAUUACGGGAUUUCAAGCAAUGGGAGUUUUGGGAGUUAUUACAUUUUUGAUACAUAAAAAUCCUAGUAAAGCUUUGAAUUGGUCAAUGGGUGGAUUCUUUCUAGGGAAUUUAGUUGGUUGGGAACAAUGUAGAUCUUUGAGAAGAAGAUCUUUUGAAAUGGUUGAAAAAGCUAAACAUGAUAAAGAAGAAAAACAUAAGAAAAAAUGGGAGGAAAUGCAAAAGUCUCAAAGUACAAAGGAAGAUUUAGAGAAGUUUGAAGAUUUUAAUAGUAGGAAAUAA